AUGCUUGCAAGAUUUUGUGGGACAUGGGACAUGAUCAGCAAUUACAACUUUAACGGCUACAUGAUUGCGUUAGGUAUCGGUGCUUGUUUGAGAAUGAUUGCUCUGAAGUUGAAGAUGAGGAAGUUGAUUGAACAGCAGGGCGACCUAUACAUCAUUAAAACAUGCAGCACCUUCAAGAACUACACAUUGUCAUUCAAAGUGGGUCAAGAGUUUGAGGAGUUUACGGAGGGGUUGGACAACAGGCACAUGAAGUCGCUGGUGUGGUGGGAGGGGAACAAGCUGGUGUGUGAACAGACUGGUGAGAAGAAGAACAGGGGGUGGUGUCACUGGAUUGAAGAAGACAAGCUUCACCUGGAGCUGUACUGUGAAGGACAAAUCUGCAAGCAAGUUUUCAAGAAGAAGAUCAAUGAUUAA